GCGUCUCAGUCGUUGACAAGGCUGCCUUUUGUCGGCCCAACAAAACCCGUGCUUACGUCGGUUUGGGGAAAUCAUCUCAGGUUUUCGCUUUCCCUUGGGGUUUGAUCCUUCGUCUAGUGCGUAUAUUUCGAGGUAGGAUAUUACAACAGGAGCAGGUAAGCCAUCUGCUUCCAGCUUCUGGGGCGUGAAUCUCGUUCAUCACGGGUUCUCUGACGUUUCGACUUUCACCUUUCCAGCAGCACCGACGAUGGUUCGUGAGAUUAAUACCAGGCCCGAAGUGUGGGAAACGGAGGCCCGGCGGCGCGAGGUGGCUGAGGUUGCUCCGGCGAUCAAGCCUGAGGUAUACGGUUCCGGGGUAGAUGCCAUUUUGGACCGACAACUCCUUGAAACUACCGGCAAACCCAACAUGGGGACCUCCUUGGAUCCAAAGUCCCAUGAAGCUAUUGAUCAGGGAUGGGUCGAGGUCACUGACACCACGACCGAAGCGUCUCUCGAUAUACAAGAUCCCGAACCUGUCGAGCAAGAACCGGUCCGCGUAAACGCCUCAAGCGCAGAGACAGUCCUGGACAAAAAGCUCCACGAAAUCACCGAUGAGAAGUUCCUGGACGAAAUACGAAACCUCCUUCAACAGGGAGCGAACCCAAAUACCUUGUCCGCCCAAGGAACCACCCCCCUCUGCGAACACGCCCGGCGCGGAAACCUAGACGCGGUAAACUUACUCCUCACCCACGAAGCCGACAUCAACCUCCCAGACGCGAGCGGUAGAACGGCAAUAUCAUACGCCGCGGAAACAAUCAACCCGGCAGUGGCCCGUCUGCUGAUGACGGCCCCGGACGUAGACAUGAACCUCAAAGACGGGGAUCUUCGGGCACCGGUUUGGUAUGCCCUCUGUGCGUGGAUUAAGUCCGGCCGGAUCUUUGUGCCUGAUACGGAUACCUUGUUUGUGCUGCUUGAAGACGAGAGGGUGAGGGUUGAGGAUGUUGAUGGGGAGGGUAGGGGGCUGUUGCAUCUUGCUGCUGCGGCUGGGGUUGCGGAUCUCGUGGAGUUUUUGUGUGGACGGGGAUGUGUUGAUGUGAAUUGGAGGGAUGGGAGGGGAGAGACUGCUGUCGGGUAUGCUUUGGGGGCGGAGGAUGUGAGGGUGCUUGGGGUGUUGUUGAGGUAUGGGGCUGGUAUCUCGGUGGUUCAGGGGAAGGGGUUUGAGGUUGUUUCGCCGAGGAGGAGGAGGCGGUGGGUUGAAGGGCGAUGGUGCUAUGCUCGGAUUGUAGAAUGAGGUUGGGACGAGGAAAUCUAUUGGUCGUGGGUCAGAGCAGAGGGACUAGUUGCUCCAUCGUUAUAAGUGACUUGAUCUUUUGACCUGAAAGUAUCUCGGGCUCCUGAGUUAACACCCUCAAUUUAAGCUGAAAGAGGAGAGUUUAAGUUCGAUGUUUAUUCCCGCUAAAUCAAUACCUCGCAAAUUUGCAUUUAAUCU